AUGUUCCAGACAAAAGCAGAAUUGCUUGGUGCUAUUCAGGACAUCAUCAAAAUUCAAAUGAUAGCAGUGGAAGAGCAGGGCAUUCUUCAUCACAAUUGCAGUCUCAACAACUCAAUGAUUGAAGAUGAUGGUAAUGGUGUAGAGAAUGAGAUUCCUCCAGGCAUAGAUCACGCAUAUUUUGACUCACAACAAUUGGUAUAG